AUGUCUACAGCCUCUGCUGAGAAGCCCGACUCGGGGGCCUACGUUGAGAUCCUCAAGGUUGCCCAACAAAUCCAGCAUCUUGCGCAUUUCCUAUCCCAAGGGCCUCCAUUUGCAGGUGUUGCAUUGACAGAUGAUGACCUUAGAACCGCGCGAGACCUCAACCCGGUCACUAGAAUCACAUCCCACCGCCGGCUCUCCGAGCUGGAGUUUCCACGAGAGUGGGUUGAGGAUGAUGGUGCCCUAGCUAUUGUACUUCAUGACUGGAGAGAGCAGUUCGAAGGCAUGAAACAGAGCAAUACAUAUGCCACGAAAUAA